AUGGCAGUCAAAACCGAAUUUCGACCAUCGGAUCCGAUCAGCGACAAAGAGAGAGUUCUCAUUAAGCAAUUGAGAACAACAUUAAACGAAAAACUUGCGAAUGGAAUUCCAGAAGACGUCGACACUGAUUUGAAUUUGUGCCGUUGGAUUCGUGGAAAUCAUGGCGACAUUGAUAAAAUUGUCACGAAUUUUGCCUCAUACUUGGCUUCUCGCGAAGCGGCCGGAUUCGUUGGCGACGAUUUUCCGGAACGUUUUUUCGAAAUGGAGAAUAUCGAACCGUUUUUGAAAUUUAUCGCAUCAUCGAGAUUGCAAGACCGUCAAUGGUCCGAAGAACACAACGCAUUUCUGUUUGUUGAAAGAGCUUGGUCACAACCGAAAGAAUUCAUUAAAACAUUCAAAACGAGCGACUAUCUUUUGCACUGCUUCGGAUAUUCAGAAAUGCUCCAACAAUUGAUUUUGAGGCGGGAAAAGAAGCAAUCACCUGAGAAAGGACCAGUUCAAUUCAUUGUCAUUUUUGAUCUGCAAACCAUUAAUAUUACAGAUUAUGUCAACCCGAUGUCAGGCUACAUGAAAUUGUGGCAGAUUCGAAGUAAGCUUUGGCAGGAUUGGUAUCCGGAGCAAGUCCAGCGAAUCUAUCUCACGAAUCCGCCCCGACUCGUCAGUUUGUUGUGGAAACUCGCGCGUGUAUUCCUCUCGGAGGAGAAUCUCAAACGAAUCGAAAUUAUCGGAAAUAUGCCCGAUUUGGCCAAUAAACAUUUGCCGAAAUGGCUUGUGCCUAAAGAAUAUGGAGGGGAAUUCAUAAAUACAGUACCUCCUGGCGACGAAACUGGCGUUUCUGUUCGUCGAAAAAUCACCGCUAUGGAUCAUUAUAAGCCAUAUCAGCACUAUAAAAAGUACAAUAUGGAUCGGCCCAAAUCUAGUCAUAAAGACAUCGCACCCGGUGAGUCGUUCGUUGUUCCGAUUCAUGUACCACACGGCAAAUCUCUUUUGUGGGACUUCACUACGAGCGGAGAUGUUCAUUUUGCAAUCAUCAGCGGAAAGGACCCAAUGAAUCUAGUAUAUCCUCGCCUUCAUCUUCUUACAAAUAAGUUGAAUGAGGAAGGUGUUUUGAAAGAAUUGAAUGAAGGAGAAUACUGUUUCGAAUUCUUCAAUCCAUCCGGAUCUUUUACUCUUAAACUUGAAUACUCAAUUGCCAUUGCAUAG